AUGCGCGUGGUCGGUGGCGCGCCACAAUGGCAGCUACCGACUCCAUGGGACUGGAUUCCUCUAUCGAACAAGACGGCCUUUCGCGUGGGCAGCGGUGACUAUGUGACAGUUUCUAUCAUCGUGAGCCCCACCGAGCUGGUGCUGUUUGAGAACGGGGUGAUGAACUUUGAGUAUACGGGCGGUGGCGGCGGCAGCACCAACGGUGCUCAAUUCACUGUCCAGCAUUACGAUGGUGGCACCGGUGUCGAUGUCGAACUUUCGCAUGUAAGAGUCAUCAGCGGCUUGCCAUGGCCAUGA